CCUGAAGCCAGGCGGAUGUGUUGACGUCACCAACGUUGCGACACGUACGGCUCGUUGUCACCAAAUAGCGAACUUUAUUCGGUUUUAACAAAAUACAGUGAGUACAGCAACAUGCCCUGCCACAACCAGUCGUUAAAUAACGUUACUACCGGCCAAGAACAUAACUUAACGAAGCAUGUUCGGUUCGCCGCGAGCAGUAACAGCAGUAGCGUUCCGGUGGCGCCAAGCUCUGAAGCGGUGGAUGACGUCAAUAAACAUCGUUUGAACGGGAACUGUCCGAAUGGUGGUGGUCUCGGCCCAGAUGUGUUAAACCUUGGACCUCAACUGAAACUGCUUCCUCUUAACAGUCAGAUACUAGAAUUACAGACCAUCAUCAGAGACAAGACAACCAGCAGAGGGGAUUUUGUGUUCUGUGCAGACCGACUGAUCAGACUGGUGGUGGAAGAAGGACUGAACCAGCUGCCCUACUCAGAGUGCACUGUGACCACUCCUACAGGACACAUGUAUGAAGGUGUAAAGUUUGAGAGAGGUAACUGUGGAGUCAGCAUCAUGAGAAGUGGUGAGGCCAUGGAGCAGGGUCUGAGGGACUGUUGUAGGUCCAUUCGCAUCGGGAAGAUCCUGAUCCAGAGUGAUGAAGAGACCCAGGAAGCUAAGGUCUACUAUGCUAAGUUCCCCCCAGACAUAAACAGGAGGAAGGUGCUGCUCAUGUACCCAAUACUGAGUACAGGUAACACAGUGAUCGAGGCAGUGCAAGUGUUGAUUGAGCAUGGACUCCAACCCAAACACAUCAUCCUCCUCUCUCUCUUCUCCACCCCACACGGAGCCAAGGCCAUCCUCCAAGAGUUCCCAGAGAUCACCCUGCUCACCACAGAGCUGCACCCGGUCGCCCCCACACACUUUGGACAGAAAUACUUUGGCACAGAAUGACAAAUGGACACACCACGCUAGACCACCACACCACGCUAGACCACCACACCACGCUAGACCACCACACCACGCUAGACCAGACCACACCACGCUAGACCACCACACCACGCUAGACCAGACCACACCACGCUAGACCAGACCACACCACGCUAGACCAGACCACGCUAGACCAGACCACACCACGCUAGACCAGACCACACCACGCUAGACCAGACCACACCACGCUAGACCACCACACCACGCUAGACCACCACACCACGCUAGACCACCACACCACGCUAGACCACCACACCACGCUAGACCAGACCACACCACACCAGACCACACCACGCUAGACCAGACCACACCACGCUAGACCAGACCACACCACGCUAGACCAGACCACACCACGCUAGACCAGACCACACCACGCUAGACCAGACCACACCACGCUAGACCACCCCACGCUAGACCAGACCACCCCACGCUAGACCACACCACGCUAGACCAGACCACACCACGCUAGACCAGACCACACCACACUAGACCAGACCACACCACGCUAGACCAGACCACACCACGCUAGACCAGACCACACCACGCUAGACCA